AUGUUCAACCCUGUUUUUGCAAGAAAUAUUGUCAGCUUUUUAAAAAUUGUUAGUAAAUUAAAACAUACACUCCGAACAGGAUGGGUAGAUUGUAAAGUGAAACAACCAGAAACUAUUGCUGGUCACAUGUAUAGAAUGGCUAUUAUCAGUAUGCUCACAAAGAAUCAACCAAAUAUUUGUACAGAGAGAUGUAUCAAAAUGAGUAUAAUUCACGAUCUUUCUGAAGCUAUUGCAGGAGAUAUCACACCUCAUGCUGGUGUUUCAAAGGAAGAAAAAUUCAAACUUGAAAAUGAUGCCAUUGAAAAUAUGAGGAAAACCUUGUUGAAUGGAGUUAGUGACACUACUGAGGAAGGUAAACAAUUUACUCAAACUGUAAAUGAAAUGUUGGAUUUGUGGCAUGAAUAUGAGGAAGGAACAUCACCAGAAGCAGUCAUGAUCAAGGAUAUUGAUAAAUUUGAUAUGGUUCUUCAAGCUUUGGAAUAUGAAACAGACCAAAAUUUGGAGCUACCAACUUUUUAUGAAUCAACAAAAGGCGGAUUCAAGACUGAUAUGGUUAAGGCCUUGAUGAAUGAAGUUUAUGAACAAAAAGAUAAAUUAACAGAAGAAAGAAAGUAA